AUGAGCGCAUACCAAUUCUUUGAAUCAAUAGCUACAAAGCUGCUUGAAGGUAGUCCUUUCGGCAUUGCAAUCGCGGUGCUCAUUACAUUCGGUGUUCCUGUACUACUGCAUAUCAUCUUCUACCGGACGGUAGCAUCCCCGCCGUCCAGCAACUUCCUCCUCCUCGGUCCAAGCGGGGCAGGUAAAACUGCCCUGCUGACUUUUCUUGAAUCAAAGUCGUCGUUUGCCGCAAAGCCGAAAUCCCACCCCACACACACCUCCCAAACCUCAACCCUCGCUACCAUUCGCCUACCUGUCUCCGUCCCAAUCGGAUCCAACAAGUACCGAUCUGUCAAUGACACUUCUUUAAAAGAGGCUCAGCGGAACCCUACUAAAUACCGCGUGAAGGACACCCCCGGCCAUGGAAAGUUGAGAGGAUCGCAAGGUCUCUCUGAGCUCCUAUCGAUGUCCGCCUCGAAAGAUGCCCAGUCGAAGCUGCGAGGCGUCCUCUUCAUGGUCGACACCGCCGCUAUCUCCGAGACCGAGGCUUUGAGGGAUGCGGCUUCGUAUCUCUAUGACGUACUUUUGGUCCUCCAAAAACGAGCUCUGCAACGGGGCAAGUCCUCGGCCAAAGCUGCGGCGGAAAUCCCCGUUCUUAUCGCAGCGAACAAGCAAGAUCUUUUCACUGCACUGCCGCAAGGAUCCGUACGUGAAAAAUUAGAGGCAGAGAUUGAUCGGAUUCGCAAGUCCAAGAGCAAGGGACUUAUGGACGCCAGUGCCGACGCCAACGAGGGUGACGGAGAGGACGACAUCCUGGGUAGUUAUGACCUGAAGGACACAUUCAGCUUCAAGGCUUUCGAGGAUGAGAUUGGCGUGAACGUCGAUGUUGUGGGCGGAGCUGUCAAGGGCGAUGAGAGCGACGAGGUCGGGGCUGGUGUACGAAGAUGGGAGGAAUGGGUCGGCCAGUGCCUGUGA